GAGGAGGGGGUGGCGGCAGAUCGGGAGGAGGAACUGGUCAUAGGGGACCCACACGGGCGAGUGCCCGAAAAGGAAAGCGACGCCGCGGUUUGCUGCAGUCGGAAUAAAGUUCGCGCCCUUUCCUCGGCGCUUCGCAGCCUCCCCUCCGGUCUCCCCCACUCGUUUUUGACAGCUGGGUGCUACCGGCCACCUCCACCUCCAAGCCCGCACCCCCCGGGGGGGGGCGCCAGUUUUUCCAUUCCCAGAGAGAGCAGGGGGAGAGAAAAAAAAGUAACAGGGCGCGGGAGAAACAUACAUCCUCCUUCACUAGCCCCCUAGAAUCUGAGGACAAACAACCAAACCAACCUACUUUUAUUUUGCAAAAGGGAAACAACAUUGUAGUCGCGACAGUUUUGGAGAGAGAGAGAGAGGAGAAACUUGUGCGGCUUGCAAAUCCGCUCGAGGUCACCUCGCCCGCCGGUUCCCCCCCCUACUCCGCCCCCCAGCAGCCCCCUCCCGGGACAGUCCGUUCCUUUUUUUUUUGUGCCGAGGAACCGGGGGAACUCGGCAGGCUCCGACUUGGGGAGCGAAGGCGACCCUGCACGCGGCUGUAAAUCAGUCACCUGAGCGCAGAGGGGCCGCGGCGAGGGCGCUCGCGGGCGGGCGGGGAGAGGCGGAGGCGGCGAGAGCGGCUGCCCGGAGGAAAUCGGGAGGGGGAGGGAAAGAAAGGCCGAGACUGAAGGAGCGUGAGGCGGCGGAGGGGCUGGUCCAGGCGCGGCCGCUAAGAGGAGACCAAGAGGCGGGGGCUGCACUUGACAACCAGCAUGCCGAGAUGGUCAUGGAUACGGCCUGAGAAUCUGCAUUUCUAACAAGCCUCCAGGUGACGCUGAUGUUGCUGGUGCUGAGACCAUACUUUGAGAUUGGAACACAGAAAUCAUUUUUGGAUUCUCCAUACUCUUUUCAGAAGAGGCAGAAGUGGAUGUGAGAGAAAGAGAGACACAGAGAGACAGAGAGCCAAAGAGGGCAAGAGACUUGACUUUAAGAGACUGCUGUACUGACAACUCCAUGCAGUUCGGAACCAGAACGACUCCGGCUGAACCAGGGUUCAUGGGGACAUGGCAAAACGCUGAUACUAACCUCUUAUUCAGAAUGUCCCAACAGGUUCCAGUGGCAUGUGCUGGCAGAGUGCUGGGUGCAGACUUCUGCCCAAACCUGGAGGAGCCAGACCAGAGGCUGGAAGUCCAGGCCAUCCGCUGCACACUGGUGAACUGCACGUGUGAAUGUUUCCAGCCGGGGAAGAUUAACCUGAGGACUUGCGAUCAGUGUAAACAUGGCUGGGUGGCACAUGCCUUGGAUAAGCUCAGCACGCAGCACCUCUACCACCCCACCCAAGUGGAGAUCGUGCAGUCCAACGUGGUGUUUGACAUCAGCAGUCUGAUGCUCUACGGGACGCAGGCGGUGCCUGUGCGGCUCAAGAUCCUGCUGGACCGUCUCUUCAGCGUCCUGAAGCAGGAGGAGGUGCUGCACAUCCUGCACGGCCUGGGCUGGACCCUGCGUGACUACGUCCGGGGGUACAUCCUGCAGGAUGCUGCCGGCAAGGUGCUGGACCGCUGGGCCAUCAUGUCUCGAGAAGAGGAAAUCAUCACCCUUCAGCAGUUUCUGCGGUUCGGAGAAACCAAAUCCAUUGUGGAGCUGAUGGCCAUUCAGGAGAAAGAGGGGCAGGCCGUAGCUGUACCGUCUUCAAAGACAGACUCAGACAUCAGAACUUUCAUUGAGAGCAAUAAUCGCACCAGGAGUCCCAGCCUCCUUGCCCAUCUAGAGAACAGCAACCCUUCCAGCAUUCAUCACUUUGAAAACAUCCCCAACAGCCUCGCCUUCCUGCUGCCAUUCCAGUACAUAAACCCGGUCUCAGCCCCGCUGCUAGGAUUGCCUCCGAACGGGCUGCUGUUAGAGCAACCAGGACUGAGGCUGCGGGAACCCAGCCUUUCGACCCAGAAUGAAUAUAACGAGAGCAGUGAAUCUGAAGUGUCUCCCACACCCUACAAGAACGACCAGACGCCCAAUAGAAACGCCCUGACCAGCAUUACUAAUGUGGAGCCCAAAACUGAGCCAGCCUGCGUGUCCCCCAUUCAGAAUUCCGCCCCGGUCAGUGAUCUGUCCAAAACCGAACACCCGAAAAGCUCAUUCCGGAUCCACCGGAUGAGAAGGAUGGGGUCAGCCUCUAGGAAAGGAAGAGUGUUCUGUAACGCGUGUGGGAAGACGUUCUAUGACAAAGGUACUCUCAAAAUCCAUUAUAACGCUGUUCACCUGAAGAUCAAACAUCGGUGCACCAUCGAAGGUUGCAACAUGGUCUUUAGCUCCCUCCGAAGCCGUAACCGUCAUAGUGCGAACCCUAACCCUCGCCUUCACAUGCCUAUGUUAAGGAAUAACCGAGACAAAGAUUUAAUUCGGGCCACAUCAGGGGCUGCCACCCCCGUCAUAGCAAGUACAAAAUCAAAUCUCACACUCACAAGCCCUGGCCGGCCCCCAAUGGGUUUUACCACUCCCCCACUAGACCCCGUCUUACAGAAUCCUCUCCCUAGCCAGCUGGUGUUUUCUGGGCUAAAGACUGUCCAACCAGUUCCUCCGUUUUAUAGAAGUUUACUCACUCCGGGGGAAAUGGUGAGUCCUCCAACCUCCCUCCCGACCAGUCCCAUCAUUCCAACCAGUGGUACCAUAGAGCAGCUCCCCCCAUUACCCUCUGAGCCAGCAGCGCCAGUAGUGAUGAUGGCCACUCAUGAGCCCAGUGCCGACCUGGCGCCCAAGAAGAAGCCCAGGAAGUCCAGCAUGCCUGUGAAGAUCGAGAAGGAAAUUAUUGAUACUGCCGAUGAGUUUGACGAUGAAGACGACGACCCCAAUGAUGGCGGAGCUGUGGUGAACGACGGGAGCCAUGACAAUCACUGCCACUCGCAGGAGGAAAUGAGUCCAGGCAUGUCUGUGAAGGACUUUUCUAAGCAUAGCAGGACCCGGUGCAUUUCAAGGACUGAAAUAAGAAGGGCCGACAGUAUGACUUCCGAGGACCAAGAACCUGAGCGGGACUACGAGAACGAGUCUGAGUCUUCGGAGCCCAAACUCGGUGAGGAAUCCAUGGAAGGGGAUGAGCACAUGCACGGCGAGGUGAGCGAGAAAGUCCUGAUGAACAGUGAGAGGCCGGACGAGAACCACAGUGAGCCCUCUCACCAGGACGUCAUCAAGGUGAAGGAAGAGUUUACAGAUCCCACUUACGACAUGUUUUACAUGAGCCAGUACGGACUGUACAACGGCGGGGGUGCCAGCAUGGCAGCCCUGCACGAGAGUUUUACAUCAUCUCUGAAUUACGGCAGCCCUCAAAAGUUCUCCCCGGAAGGUGAUCUGUGUUCUAGCCCAGACCCCAAAAUCUGUUAUGUGUGCAAGAAGAGUUUCAAAAGCUCCUACAGCGUGAAGCUUCACUACAGGAACGUUCACUUGAAAGAGAUGCACGUCUGCACGGUGGCUGGCUGCAAUGCCGCCUUCCCCUCUCGCCGAAGCAGAGACAGAAACAGAAAUUUACGGAUGGAAAGAACCAUAGGUCCAGGACAUCGAGACAGCCUGCAUCUCCGUAGACACAGUGCCAACAUCAAUCUCCAUCGUAAACUGUUGACCAAAGAACUCGAUGACAUGGGCCUGGACUCAUCGCAGCCCUCCCUUAGCAAGGACCUCCGGGAUGAAUUUUUGAUGAAGAUCUAUGGUGCCCAGCACCCCUUGGGGCUCGACGUCAGGGAAGACGCCUCCUCUCCCGCGGGGACAGAAGACUCCCACCUGAACGGGUACGGGAGGGGCAUGGCGGAGGACUACAUGGUCCUGGACCUGAGCACCACCUCCAGCCUCCAGUCCAGCAGCAGCAUCCACUCCUCCAGAGAAUCCGACGCAGGCAGCGACGAGGGGAUUCUCCUGGAUGACAUCGACGGGGCGAGUGACAGCGGGGAGUCGGCGCACAAGGCCGAGGUCCCCACCCUCGCUGGCAGCCUCGGGGCUGACGUUUCAGGAUCUCUGAUGUUCAACAGCUUGUCCGGGAGCAAUGGUGGGAUCAUGUGCAACAUUUGCCACAAGAUGUACAGCAACAAGGGGACCCUGCGAGUGCACUACAAAACCGUGCAUUUGCGAGAAAUGCACAAGUGCAAAGUCCCCGGUUGCAAUAUGAUGUUCUCCUCUGUGCGAAGCCGGAAUCGGCACAGUCAGAACCCUAAUCUCCACAAAAACAUUCCCUUCACUUCAGUAGAUUAGUCUCAGAAAGGACACUACAAAUGCCAGCUCUCACCAGAUGGCCUACGUAUUUGAACUGCCAUAGUCAGUGUGUGCUUGUGUACUUGGGAUGGUGUGUGUGUAUAUGUGUGUGUGUAUACACAUGUAUGCCUCUGUGUCUACAUAUAUAUAUAUACACACACACGUUUUCCUUUCUUUAGAUACAAAAAGAUAAACACUAGGUGCUUCUGAAGUUUUUUUCUCUUUUUCCUUUAUAGGUCGGAUCUUUCAUUUGGGGGUGAAAACAAAGUACCCUUUAAACACAUAUACACACAUACACACAUAAAAGCGUGCAACUAGCCCAAAUUUUGACAGAAUAAUAAUUCUUGGUCCUCUCCAAAGAGACAAUUUGUUGUACCCAUGACUGUUGCCUGCGAGAAAAUAAAAGGGAGAAAAAAAAAGAAACAAAAAAGGAACUCCUUAUAGUUGUCUUUUGUGAACUUUAAGGUUUUGAGAGAAUCUUCAAUUAAAGCAUGGCAGAUUCACCUGUAAAUAUUUAGCCUUGAGAGGCCAAUGAUGUAAAGCAGUUGUAUUGAUGGUUGUUUAACUCUUUUGUUUAAUUUUUACAGUUACAUCAGCUGUUAGAUAUACAGGAAAAAAAAUAGUUUGCUGGCUAGCUCUAUUCAUUUAUGUUAGCAUUAAUGCACAUUUUUUAAGGAAAAAAAAAACCAUGGUCUUGUUUUUACUACCUGCUAGAUAUAGUGAUAAAGAGGUGCUGGCAUGCCUUACAGCACAGAUCUGAUUUUUUAAAAUGUCCUGUACUAGUACAUAAAUCCAGUCAUGCACUUUUUUUCAUACACUACAAGGGGAUGUGUAAUAUCCAUGCUUCUUUUUUAUCCUUAAACUAUUGCCAUACUUCAAGUAAGUGUCUUUUUAAAAAAAUUCACUUGUAUAAAAAUGGUCUGGUCAGUAUAGGGCACAAAUGCCAAACAAAAGUAUUAGUGUUAACACAAAACUGCCAACUUUGCACAAGUUUCCAGAAAAGAAAAUACAAUUAGUCACUCAACAUAACCACAGGCCAAUUUGUCGGCCACCAGAAAACCGCUUUAGAAAAAAACACUUGGUGAUUCAAGUGCCAAAUGUUAUUACAAUCAACAGUGCAACCUUCUUGCUUAUAUGUUAAGUUACAUAAAAGGAAAACAAAAUUAUGUGGUGUGAAACAGCUAAGGCAUUUAUUCUUUAGAGGCUGGAUAAUAUUUCAGGAUACAAAAGCCCAAAUUACUCACUAUGGAACAAAGCUGAAUACAGUAAAAGAGUCGAGCACUCAUUCGCAAGGACCUAACCCUUAAUCCUUUAAAAAGAAAAAGUCUGAACUCGGUGGGUCUGUUGUGUGGCUAUGUAAUUUACUGCACGUUCUGCAGUAGUACUCUGAUUCAGGCUGGUUUGAUAGACAAAAAUCAAAGAUCUUUAACAGUGGCAGCAGCAGUACUUGGAAGCUUUGCAAACAUGUGCUGAACUUGAACUAAGCAACACUCCUUUCUGAAAAGCCAGAAGAAGGGGGUUUAAAAUAGGAUCUCUCACUGUUUAGUGUUUUGUGUUUCCCCACACGAUUUGUCAGAGAGAAAUGAAAGCAAGCCUGAAACCAAGCAAUCGAGAGUGAGAAAGAGGAGGGGAGAGGAUUCUCCAAACCUUUUCUGUUGUGUUUUGUUUUGUUUCCGAUGUUUACACACGUUGCCUGAGCUGGUUUACCACAUCAGCUGCCUCGGCUACCACAACAUACUGACUAAAUGAUGAUAUUUACUCAAGUUCAGUCUGCAGCCAAAACCAUUAGGGUGUGAGUUGCAGACUGUGUUUUGUUGUCUUUUUUUUUUUUUUUUUUUUAAGUGGAGGGGGGAAAAAAGAUAAACAAGGAAUAUUUUUUGUCAAACAGUACACAGUAAUUUAAAGAGAAUGUAUUUCUUUUCUGCAUUUAAGGGCCUCAAACAUUUCAGCAGUCUAAAGGUUAGAAAUACCCCCUUUGUCUUAACUUCUAAUGUUAGUUCCAUUUUUCAUAUGUUUUGUGAUUUUUUUCUAGGUUCACAUCAGCAUUCACUUCCGUUAAAUUUGCCAAAGGAAACUGUUAACAUGUUUCUCUUUUUAUUAUUCCUGUAGGAUUUAUCGUACCUCACAGUAUUUAUUGUUUCCAAAAAUAAGCAUCAUUAGUUGAGGAUUCAGUAUUUUUCUUUGUGAAGAUUUCACAAAUGAUAGAUUCUUAAAGAUAAGCUAGAUGUGUCUAGGGGCUUUAUCUUUUCAUCUCCUUCAGAGCAUGCUAUGGGGUUCAUUUAAUUCUUCAUUUGUUCUACAGUGAGGAGAGACCAAAAGUAUUUGCAGUACAAAAGAAAUUAUAUCAGACACUAUGUCUGUUAAAUGACAAAUGUUUACGGUUAAAAAAGCUGAGGAAUUUGUGCUAACCGUUUUUGUUUUCUUGUACCUUUGAAUUCCCCAAAGUCUUAAUUGCUUUAUUUUGGUGUUGUGUUAAAUUGAAUAGACAGAGAUGUUUUCCUUUGUUUGUUUUAUACCAUAUAAGACUCUGUACAGUAUGUUUGUGAAAGACUGAACUAGAAUAAUGAAAGUUUGUUUGCAAACAUUUUGGUUCUCUUAGCGUUCUCUGUGUUGCUGCUCUUGCCCUAUUAUCCAAAUGAUUCGAUUCCAAAAGAGUGGAAAAAAAUAUUUUUUGGUAUCCCACCAAAAGAUUAUGGAAACACUAGCUUUGGGAGUGUGCGUAGACUAAAUGACACUUUGUUUUAUGAAAAUAACAAAUUUUCAGCCAUUUUUAACAGUUACACUCUAGGUUGAAAUAUUAGAACUCAUCUUGUACAAAAAUCAGUGUUUACUCUGUUUAAUUUAAUGUCACCUAAAAGGUCAAAGAGCCCUAAUGAGUGAAUUACAUAGCUGUCAGCAGGUCACAGCAAACGAACCAGGCUUAGAACAAAUGUUUGUUACUUGCCACAAACCAGGCUAGUGUGGAUAGCCAGUUAGAACAAGCCCAGGAGUAACAAGAUUCUCAAGGUAGAAGUUCCCUUGCUCAGAGCAUGAAUGUGUUCACCUGCCUUUUGUUGGAGAAAUGGCAGUGAGUCCUGGACAACUUGCCCUUUUUUAAGUCUCUCCCCUUUGCUCCUAUUGUGCCUCAGGUGCCCACAUGUUAUGGUGGCCUUCUAAGUGGGUGUAUAACAUUUUCCAAUUUAAAGCCUAUUUGCUUAAAAGGGACAGGGGGAGUGGACGGAAGUGGUCCAUAAGAUGGAGAAUCAUGAAGUGUACAUUUCUUUUAGUCCCUCAGUGUUGCUUGUUCUUGGGUGUGUGCCUGAGUGCAUUGUUUGGACUUAACUCUAAAUCUAGUUAAGAUGAUGAUCUCAAGGCUUAUUUGCAAACGGGAAGGAUAAAGAGAUCAGCAUUUUAAUCACUGAGCCCUUCAUCUUUGCCCACUCAUACUCAUUUCUUUUUUCAUAGGAGUUUCCUAUUGUGAAACAGGUUCUGUUCAGCUGCCUCCAUUCUAUGCCAGCUGAAAAAGGAAUAGGGAUGCAGUUUUUUUAUCCAAGCAGCCUUUUCCCAUUUGAUUUUAACCAGCAUUUUGUCACAGGUACAAAAUUGGGCAGUAUUAUUAACGUGCAUGUUUGCUAGGCGGUGUUGAAAUGUACUGUUUUGAUCAUUUUAAACUAUGUGUUUGUAAAUAUCAGAAAGGCUUAGUCUGCUUUAGGGAGUAUUUGUGUGUUAUGGAGGGGGACGACACAGAGCAAGAAUAGAUAAUUUGGUUUUAAAAAUGUGAUAUAAAACGGGACAUUCUUUGUUCUGCUAUUAAUUGUAUCGAAAUAAGUCAAUGCAUUUCAGAUCUUAGUCCGGCUGCCCAGUUCAGCCUGAUGCCUUUUAAAGGUUUCAAAGUGUUAAUGUUUUCCUUCUCAAGGUGACAGACAUCUUUUGAAAUUGUUUUUAGCACAAUGGCGCCACUGUCCUUGUAGUGUAAUUUCUUUGGUCAUGAAUUUCCAGGCCCUUCCAGUAAGAGAAAGGCACUUCACUGGUUAAUAGCCUGUUAGUAUAUACAUUGCUCUUAAAAAAAAAAAAAAAAAAGCAAGCUUUGAAUAUAUCAAGAAUGGGCUGGCUAUUCCAGAGGCAUUCUCCUCAUUUUACUCAGGGGAAACCAUGCGCUAGGUUCCCACCAAAUAAAAAGUGACCUUUUGUUCCCCUUCCUCUGUACACACCCCUGACGUGUGCCAAGCAAAUAAGAACGGGGGCCCUUGGCAAUUAAAACAGAAAGAAGCCAGUAAUCAGAUUGAGAUGGACAUGCUGCUAACUGCCAACAGUUGACCUGAGCAGUCCUAACUUGCACUUGGUCUUUAGCGCUGGGUUAGAUUGACUAACAGAGUGAAUAAAGCUCAGCCCUCGUAAGACACGCUCCAUCUGCUGUCAUCAGAAACAGAUCAUCCGGAAGAAACCUUCUUUGAUCCUGUGGACACACUCCUUUUCUUGAACUUUUCAAAUUUAUGACAAAUUUCAGGGUUUUUUAAAAUCACUUAUAUUCCCCCAAACUUGGAAUAUUUAGAGGAUUUUGCUUUUCCCUCUCAUUCUUUGUCUAAUGGGAGGGGUCUGAAUGAGUACGGAGGGCAAUAAAAGGCAGGUGCCAAAGAGACUGGAGGGAAUCAGUUUUUUAAAGCAGAGUGAGGGCUAUUAAGUAGAGGAUUCGUACACUGCCCUGGCUUGAAGGUAACUAGAAAAGAAAACAGUGAAGGCACUGAAACGGUCACGAGAAAAGUCUGGUGCAGCUCAGCCUAGCAGCCAGUGAGAGCACAUCGAUGCAGUGCCCCCCAACGACCAGGUGCAUCACUGAACCCCAGUCUGAGGAGGGAGGAAGGAAGAAAGGAAGGCUGCUGCCUGGAAUAGCUCAAGUCCCUUUCAGAUCACGGGAGCCAGCUAGGGCAGUUGUGGAGGGGGUGUUCUUUUUUUCUUUUCUUUCUUUUUUUUGGAGUGGGAAGUGAUGCUAGAGUCCCUUAGGGAACAAAAAGAUCCAUUGGGUCAACUAGGUCCUAGAAAAGUCCAAUGGUCAAACCAAGCUCUAGUUGUGACAAGUGGAGUUGAAGGGCAUGGUAGCCAGCACGGAUCUGUUCUUUCUCCAUCAUUACUGUGGCUUGCCCCCGUAGCCGUGGUUGUAAUGCUAUGUGGCUAAAGAUCUGUUGAUCAAAAUGUGAGCUCAUUCACCUUUCUAGGAAGCAUAAGAGUAACUUUUCUGUUUUCAUAUUUUCCCUCCAAGCUGAACUGUGUGUGGUAGGUAGCCUUGCUUAUGUUAGCGUUAAGGCCAUAUCUGCUCUGUCCUAUAGUUGGAGAGUUGCUCACUGUAAACAUUAAUUUUCCAUUAGUAUUAUGUAAAUCCAGCUGUAAAACUGACUAGUGAAUUAAUCUAACAUCACUCUUGCCCAGACACCCAUCCUUUCCUGUGUCCUCCCAUUAUCCUCAUUCUUCCCACAUUUUGCACAAAAAUUAUAUUUAUGGUCAUUCGGCAAUAACUGGACAUCAAAUAGUGUCUUUUUGGCAUUUGUUGAAAAAUCCAAAUGCCUAAUAACAGGGGGUUUAAAAAAAAAGCUAAGCAUUUUUACAAGUACACUGAAUUGGAUCAGCAUUAUUGUUCAUUAUAAUGCUAUAUAUUUUUUUGAAGUAACGUACUAUAGUUGUCAUAAAACUAUCUUUAUUCUUCUCCUCUGAAGUGUUGUAAAUUCAUUUGACCUUUACUGCAAAAAAAAAAAAAAUCUUUUCUAUAUAGUGUAUCAAGACAAGGCUCAGUUUGUAACGAAUAGUGGACGGUUACAAAACAGGAAGGGAAAAAGCCAGGCUGAGCAGCGAGAAGCUUCAGUUCAAUUUCACCUCAUAUCUUUCUAAUAACUUACUUGUCACUUUAUUACCUUCCAGUAAUGUGAACGCUGCUGACAAGACUGUCACACUAACAGCAGACAACACCCUCUCUGCUUCAGCUCCAGCUCUCCUGGCUACUUAUUGCCCUGGCCCUGAAGGGACACAAACUAAUAGUGUGCUUUCCAGUUCAGCACUUGGCCAUCAAAUAUAAAAGGAUGCGUAAUUGCCUGUUUAUCCCUUGUGAAGGGGAAAUUGAGUACAAGGGCUAGGCUUUCCCACUGAGUUCCCUGAUGUACACACAUUCACACUCUCUCUCUCGCUCUCUCUCUCCCCCCACCCCCUCCCCCUUCUCCUCCCAGCACAUGAGCACGUACACACACCCACUAAACUGUAUCUUUGGUAAGCCCAAAGCUGCCUCAAGGUGCCCUCUCCAGCUAUUAAGUAGACAGUAACAAGACUACUUCUUAAGGGUCGGUAGAGACAUGCUGACUUUGAUGGCAUUCUUUGAGUCUUUGGAAACUUAAGUAUUGCAAUUCCAAGUCCAUGCAUUUUGGGAGUACUGGGUGUGGCCCUAAAAUUACAGCACAGUUUCUGCAAGUCAGUGACAAAAGUGGUAUUAGAUCGCCCCAUAUUCUGUAAGGAAAGCAUUAAAAUGUUUUUCCUCCCCUUCAAAAAGUGCACGUGUUGUAACAAAUUGGUUGUGCAUGAUGGUAAAAAAAAAAAAAAUUUUUUUUUUUUUUUAGUUUUGACACCCAACUGUUAAUCUAAAUGAACACAUGUCUUGCCAUGAGAACCUCCAAAUCCAUAGUGUAACAAGACAAAUUCACCUUUGUUUUGUUUAAUCGCACGGACAAUCUGAAAAAAAUAAUAAGGCACGGGGACUUUGACUUGAAUCACUAAAACAGAGACCACCCGAUACGUAAAAGUAAAUUCUCCACUUUGGGAAAAUUUUGGUAAGUACAAGCGCAUGAGCUUUACGAAAUCAAGUGACUAGGGGACAAAAGGUACAAAGGAAGAUCACGUGAAAGUGUUAUCUUCCCAAACAUCUUGAGCCUAAAUAGCAUGUAGGUAUUGGCUGCUAUUUUUGUAUAUUAAACUACUUAAAGGAUGGUAAAAGGUGGCUAGUUGGUGGCUAAAUGAAGUGCAAGAUCUCUGUGUGCAUCUUCCUUGGGGACUCCAUGCUUCCUUCUAACCCUCCAGAAGCAGGUCUGUUAGAAGCUGAUGACCGCCCCCCCACCCAAAACCUGGCUUUGAACAGUCACAUUUCAAAUCUAUUUGUCAACCAAAUAAGAUACAGGUGGGUGUCAUCUUUGAUACAAACUUCUGGAAAGAGAAAAGUGGCAGAUUUAGAGAUAGACGACUUACCAGGUCUGUGUUGACAAACCCGUGCUAAAAUAAUUGCAUUAACCAGGGUGAGGACUGGGAAGAAAAGCACUUUGAGUAAGGAUUCUUGGGGUCAGAGAAAAAGCAGUUGAUGUUUUUUUAAGUUCCCCCAGUAUGUAUAUAUUACAAUCAUUUAGCAAACAUCUUAAGAGAAUCUUAAUUAAAAAUUCAGCUGCCAAAAUUGCACAGAUUCUGCUAACUAAUAUGAGCUUUCCCCCACCCUUUAAAUAACAGGGAUGCUUAAGGACAGUUCUAAUUAUUUUAAUGUGUUUUUAGCUUCCUUUUUUAAAAAGACUCCUUGAAGGGAAGGAAGAGCAGAAAAAGGUAUUUUAACAAGAAUGGAGAGAAGUAGAUAGUAUAAAACUAUAUUUCUUGAAGAGAGACUAUCUUAAGCAUUAUACCAAGACUUUAUAAGGCUUCCUGUUGCCAAAUGUGAUGCUGAAAUAAUGCACAAGUAAGAUGGCAAAUCAAUCCAUUAUGAACCGGCUCUGCCCACUUCUGUUACGGAAUGCAAGGAUUGAGAGGUGACUCAGGGCAGGGGGGGACCCUGGAUGUGUGAGAGAGCUCCACUCAUCUGGCCCUGGAAACGCUUUCCACAAGAAGGGGAGAAAAGCCCAGCCCUCUUGGUAGUCCCCGGCUGCAAGGUGAGCUGACCUGGCACUGUUUCCACAGGGGCCAGGCUGCCCGUCCUUUCCAUGCUAGGCGACAAAGCAUCCCCCUGCCCUGCCUGUGAAUCAGUGCCAUGGCCAUGAGAAGCGUUGAUUCAUGAGGUAUGAUGCUCUUGACUCCCAAUGUGCUGAGUUAGUAGGUUUGCUUGAGAUGCAUAAACCAAGGUUGAAUUUUCUUUUUUCAUCUAGUACUCAAUUUGGAGCAUUUUGCAUGUCUUUGUACAGAGUAAUCCAUCCCUCUCAUUGCCCAUCUUAAUCUCCCCUGACUUUUCCAUUAUCUUUCCACUCCUGCCCUUUCUUCUUCUGAUCUCACCCACCCCUUAAAAACAUUCUUUUCUGAAGCAAGAAGGUAGAACACUCCCUCCCUCACCCGGAUUUUGAUGGCUUUGGAAACAUGUGUGUGUUCUACCCUGUCCAGGGUUUACAUAAUGUGGAUUAAGUGAAUGAGAUGUUCUAGCAUUAUAUAUUAAGCUUAUAUGACUAAGAUUUAUAAUAUAUGGUGCUCUCACUUUCCUGUGCAAACUUUGGUUCAGCUGCCCUGCGGAAAAGUCUUACCUUUUUCCUACCAGUGCCAGUAUGAACAAGGGCAGGAUUGCUAAACGUGGGUAUCUGGAGGUCUGAGGGGUGAGGGAAGGCGGAGAAACCAGGAGAAGACUUUGGUCUGAGGCCUCCCUGGGCCUUUCCUCAAAGGUGGAGGCGAGUCGGGGCUUCAGGAAAGAAAGCUCUCCGUUCUCUACUGCUUAUCAGGGACUAGGCCUUUUAGAACGAGCAAGAUCCCUUACCUGGUUGAGAGAACGCAUAACUUUCUUAUUCACCCCAAACCCACCGGUGUGUCUCGCUAACAAAAACAUUUGACUCAACCUGCCUAUUUGACAGCAAAAUUGGCCAAAAGGAAUUGAAAUCAUCUUAAGGAAAAGAAUUUUCUCCAAGAUAUGUCCUCUCCCUCCUCCCAGAGUUUGGGGGUUUAUGCUUUUUUCAUUUCUCUUCUCCUCUGCAUCAAACCAGCCUCUCUGCUCAGCCUGCCACAGAACCAAAUUUUGCACUACAAAAGGCAGCAGCACCAAGGGACGGGGACAGCUUGCAUCACCCUGAUCUGAUCAUUGUGACGUCGGUAGCUUCGUAAAUACUGUAUGUACCUUGAACAAGGGUUUUGUUUUUGUUUCGUUUUUGGUUUUGCUUUUCGGUUUGUUUUUAUUAGUAGUCUGAGGGAAUUAAAAGUUUUUAUUUGCUAUUUCUUUUGUUGUAUUUUCUGUACUAUAACUGUCUACAGUAUGUCUUUUGCAUAAAAUGCAUAAGGGUUUGGGGAUGUAAAUGGAAUUUUAUUCAUAUUUUGUCCAAAUACCUCUUGUAAUUUGUAUCAAAAUUCUUGUACAAUUUUUAUAUUAAAGAUU